CACAAAGCUGGAAAAGGAGUUUUUUCAGCCAUGAAGCUUGGAAAGACACGUCCUUCCAAGGAUGAGCAUCGCAAACAAGAUGAUCCGGCUGUUCUGGAAACAGAAGACCUGGAUAGAAAGGCCAUGAGAUACGGAGCAGGCCUGGAGCCAGACACCAUCUCCCUGGCCUCUGUCACCGCUGUCACCACCAAUGUCUCCAACAAAAGGUCCAAGCCCGACAUCAGGAUGGAGCCGAGUGCCGGGAGGCCCAUGGAUUACCAGGUCAGCAUCACCAUCAUCGAGGCCCGGCAGCUCGUGGGGCUCAACAUGGACCCCGUGGUGUGCGUGGAGGUGGGGGAGGAGAAGAAAUACACGUCCAUGAAGGAAUCCACCAAUUGUCCUUAUUACAAUGAGUAUUUCGUCUUUGAUUUCCACGUCCCCCCUGAUGUCAUGUUCGACAAAAUCAUCAAGCUCUCUGUGAUCCACUCCAAAAACCUCCUGAGGAGCGGGACAUUGGUGGGGUCCUUCAAGAUGGAUGUUGGCACUGUUUAUACCCAGCCUGAGCACCAGUUCUACCACAAAUGGGCCAUCCUGUCCGACCCUGAGGACCUCACGGCAGGCCUCAAGGGCUACCUCAAGUGUGACAUCGCCGUGGUAGGCAAAGGGGACAACAUCAAGACCCCGCACAAGGCAAACGAGACAGAGGAGGAUGAUAUUGAAGGGAACCUGCUGCUCCCUGAUGGGGUGCCCCCGGAGCGGCAGUGGGCUCGGUUCUACAUCAAGAUCUACCGCGCCGAGGGGCUGCCGCGCAUGAACACCAGCAUCAUGGCCAACGUCAAGAAGGCCCUCAUCGGGGAGAACAAGGACCUGGUGGACCCCUACGUGCAGGUGGCCUUCGCGGGGCAGAAGGUGAGCGGGGAGCUCCCAGAGUGA